GGAAAUUUAAGGGACAUGGAAAAGCAAGGGCAAAAAGAAUCUCAACAGCCGGAGAGAUUCGGAGCUCUCGGUUCAAAAAAAUCUGCGCAGCAGCCCCCUCGGGUUCUGGAAGAAUGGAAUGAUCUACCGACGUGCAUCUUGGGUGUUGUAGUCUUUUCCCUUCGUGCCCGCCUAUAUUUUCCUAUUUCCGGCCCCUUCCUACUUGCACCAUACCCGGUGUUUCGUCCUUCAGGGUCUGCUCUCGAUAUGGUGAUUUCAGAGACAAUGGAUCUGCUUUUCAGAAUAAGGGGAGGUCUUGAUCUAGCAUUUCAGCUAGCUUCUGCUGAUGAUAUUUCUACGAAAAAGGCAUUAAAAUAUGUAUUGAGUGACCUUUCAAAUAAACUUUCAUCAAAUGCCCUUGUCUUCAAAAUUUGCCAUAGUUCAGUGUACAUAUGGCCUAACAGCAACAUGAACACAGUUCCAGCAGAACUAACUGAUAAUUCUUCUUGUAAAGAAAUACUACGCUUUAUUCAAUUUGACCAAGAAGAGGAUACAAAACGAAGAUUCACCAAAAAGAAAGAUAAAAAGUUACAAGGACAGCUUCAGGUAAUAAAUAUAGAUCUCAUGUUGGAAAUGUCAACUUCUCUAGCUGCUGUAGCUCUCAUCAUUGAAAGAGAAAGUGGAGGUCAUCAUUAUGUCAACAUGACAUUGCCGGUUGAUACUGUUAUAUCUGCAGAUCCAGAAGAAUCAUGGGGAGUAGUUCGAAGUCGUCUAGUAAAUUCAGUUCACAGUCAACUAACUGAUAUGGAGAAAUGCAUUUUAAAAUACAUGAAAGGAACAUCUAUAGUAGUCCCUGAACCACUGCACUUUUUAUUACCAGGAGAGAAAAAUCUUGUAACAAUUUCCUAUCCAUCAGGAGUUCCAGAUGGUCAGCUACAAUCUUACAGAAAGGAAUUGCAUGACCUGUACCACCUACCUCAAGAUAGACCUUAUUUUAAAAGAGCUAAUGCAUAUCGCUUUCCAGAUGAGUCAUUUAAAGAUGGGUAUAUCAGGAAUCCACAUAGUCAUUUAAAUCCACUGGGAUUGGAGUCUGGUAUGAUUUCUAUAGUCCAGGGCAUAUAUGGCUAUCAUCAUUACAUGCAGGAUCGGAUAGAUGACAGUGGCUGGGGCUGUGCUUAUCGGUCUCUACAAACUAUUUGUUCUUGGUUCAGACACCAGGGAUAUACUGACAGGUCCAUUCCAACCCACCAGGAGAUUCAGCAGGCCCUUGUUGAUGUGGGGGACAAACCAGCAACAUUUGUAGGGUCACAUCAGUGGAUUGGUUCGAUUGAGGUACAAAUGGUUCUAAACCAUUUGAUGGGGAUAACUUCAAAAAUACUAUUUGUCAGCCAAGGUUCUGAAUUAGCUUCUCAAGGAAGGGAACUUGCCAAUCAUUUCCAGAGUGAAGGAACUCCAGUAAUGAUCGGUGGAGGAGUCUUGGCUCAUACAAUACUAGGAGUAGCCUGGAAUGAGAUGACAGGGCAAGUAAAAUACCUGAUUUUAGAUCCUCAUUAUACAGGACCAGAGGACCUGCAAGUCAUUUUGGAAAAGGGUUGGUGUGGAUGGAAAGGUCCAGAAUUUUGGAAAAAGGAUGCCUACUAUAAUCUCUGCCUUCCCCAGAGACCUAAAAUUAUUUGAAAAAUCUGAGUAGAACCAAUAUUUAUAACAGUGUAGGAUGCAUGAUACUUAUGUAAAAAUAAAGUACUAACUUCAUAUAAAAACAUAAGGUAGGCAAAUAUAUAUAAUAGCAAUUUCAAUGGGGAAGUUUAGUUGGAAUACCAACCAAUGCUAUGUACAAGGUACUCUGAUUAUUCUUAACCAGAUAUUCUGUUAAGAAUCAAUGUCAGUUCCUGGCAUGGAUUCUGUCAAUGCGAAGUUAUUAUUAAAUUAAAAUAAAAUUUAUAAAAAAAAAAAAAAAAAGAAUCAAUGUCAGUGCUACAAUAAUUGAAGAAUGAUUAAAACUUCUUUUUUUAUCAUUAUCACUGAAGUCUUUAGAAAAUGUAUAAACAAAACACUUAUAUUUAAGUUAAAGAUAGAUAUGACGUUGGAACACAUACAACCAAAAUGCAGCAUACCAAAACUAUGCAAAUAUAGGUGUUCUUAAAAUGAUCUUCAUGCAAAAGAAAGUUUUGAUAUCUUGCUCCUUCUUAGAAGAAGAUGAGAAUAUUUUGUGGAUCAGUUCAGUAGCUUGUGGCCCAUAAAGAGAGCAUCAAUUUAAAGGUCUGCUCCAAACUUCUUUCAGUAGCUUCCCACUAACACAAAUGAUUUGCUGUUAUUUAAAAAAAAAAAAAAAAAAAGUUAUCUUUGUGAACUUUUACAAUGAGGGAAAUACUGAAUGCUACAAAGUACAUAUUAGUUUGUGUGAUAUAUAACAAUUCACUAUACACUUCUAAAUAUGUUAAGAUAACUGUUUAUAAAUACAUUUUGAUUUGUUUCCUCUAUUUUACUUUGUAAUUAAUAAAAAAUAUUGUAAGGCUAAUGACAUUUACAUUACUCUAAACAACCACUAGUUAUAAUCAGAAUCUAAAUACACUUGGUCCUUAAUAGUCUUAGAAAAAGGCAUGAUAAGCCAAAACAUGAAUGUUGACACAAUGAACCUGUAGGAAAUGGGGUAAGGUUCCUAUAACUAUAAAAACUGUAAUCUUUUACUAGAGAUUACUGAAAAUACACUUUUCUAAAUAAUACUUUUUUAUUUUAAAACUUUUCCUAACACAGUAACAUGAAAUAAGCCAUAAAAUGAAGGGAAGAGGAGAGACAGUGCUGACUGAUCAGGGCAGGCCAGCAAUAUCAGAAGAACCCUAAACGUUUUUUAAAAAAGGGAGGAGGCACCCAACAGCUGCCAUCUCUAAUCCUCCUUUCAUUUCUUUGGAUGAACUGUUCCUUAUGAAAAGUAUAUGCCUGGGAUGAGUCUCUACAGGGUCAGGCCCAGCACUGCUGAGAGGGUGGGGAUGAACACUAUUUAUCUACAAAUUUAAUCACUUCAGGAACAGUUUUGAGAAUGCUUUCCCCUUUUAGCAGAUUCAAAGUUGUGUACUGCAACUGCCAACUUUAAAGUUAUAUGGUUAUAAUUAUGAGAAUUCUUGAAGUCUGGGAAAGUUGAGGAUUAAUUGUAUUCUAAUGGGAAUACAGUAUUACUCAGCAAUUCAAAACUAAAGAAUGAACUUAAAUGAAUUAUUAAAUGAGUAAGAUUUUAGGAUUGUAAUGAGCUUAAGUCUAAUGAUUCUAUAGAAAUAUUUAACAGGCUAUUGGGUAGAAUCUACAUACUACCUACCAUCUGAUCGUUGCUUCUUCCCAUUUGAGUUGUCCACAUUUCUGUAUGCUCUUUUAUUUUUAAGCAGCAAACCACAAUUGUCAGUUUUGAAUGAAUAUUUGGACUGUUCACUUAAUUUCAUACUUUGUGUAUAUUUAACAGUUGUGAGAAAUUUGGCACAUUCCAGAAAUCCACAAGACCAUGCCAAAUCUUCUGCAGUCUGCCCAUCCUUAUUAUGUAAGCUGCAUUUUAAUCAUAAAAUUGGAGAACAAUUAAAUAAAAAUAAAUUGCUCUUUUUAAGAUUUAAA